AUGGGUCGCCUAGGUUCUCUUCGAGAACGGAAAGCGUUGCUGUUCGUUGUGCGCUGGAUGUUGGAAGAGCUAGGCAAACAACACUGCGAUAUCGGAGCCGAAUGGAAGCUGCUGACCGAGGACGAAAAGCGGCCCUUCAUCGACGAGGCGAAAAGGUUGCGAGCGAUGCACAUGAAGGAACAUCCCGACUACAAGUAUCGACCGAGGAGAAAACCGAAACCGAUCCGGCGCGAUGGCUAUCCCUACCCGAUGACGUAUCCCUCCGUGCCGGUCGAUGCACUGCGGGCAGGCAUCACACCCAGCUACUUCGCACCGGGCGCUCCGUACCACUUAGGAAGUCAUUUGUCACAAACUAGUCCUCCCACAUCACAGUCCUCGAUCAGCAGCCAGAUGGACGUUUCCAAAUUUGCGCUGGAUCGGAGCGCCUACUUGAACACGGCAGCCGCCGGAGCCCUGUACGAUUCGACGAAGAACCAAGCCAACCCGUACAGCGCCUACCUGGAUCCGACAACGGUUCUCACCAAGGCAUACUUCGAUUCCAAAAUGUACCAGGAUCGGGCUACGGCGGCCGCCAACUAUGCAUUCGACAUUUCCAAAAUCUACGGCUCAACCCAACAGCAACAGCAACAGCAGCAACAGCAGGCACACUCCCAAUCGCAGCAGCAGUCGCAUCAACAGCAGCACCAACUGCACCAUCAGCACCAGCUGAACGGUGGUGCCGAUGACCGUGAACCAACUCCGCAGCUGAACGAUGUCAAUGUGGACAUAAAACCACAGCUCGGCGAACAGGUGGACAGUUCACCGUUACAUAGCAACAGCUACGGGACAAACAGUGCAAAUUUACUCGGUGGAGGAGGUGGUGCCUCCGGAUUGUAUCAGUAUGCCGGGGUGGGGCAAUCCGGGGGAAGUGCGGUCGGUGGCUCCGGUUCUGGUGGUGGAGGAACCGGAGACUAUCGACGGCCCCUUACGGUCAUAUUUUGACCUAACUCGGAAGUGAUGGACGAAAGAGAUUAUUGAAGCAUAGAAUUCUAGUUUGUAAGCCUAAACGAUAUAGAUCAACGAGGUAUGUAAGCGUAUUACAUUGCUGUUUAGUAGUGUUAAGUGCUAUGAUUUUUCUUUUGAGCAACCCUUCACGGCUAUGGCAUGCGGUGCGGGAAAGCUUAUUUGCUUCGUAUCCUAUUGCAUUGGAAACGAACCGCACAUCAUCCUUUUUUCGGCGAGUUUUUAACACCGGUAGAAAACAUAGCAAACAUCGCACCAAUCCGUAGCAACAUAUGAUCCACAUCAUCCACAACACCGGCAAGCGUAGACACAAACAUUUUAAAUUAUGCCACUUUUAGACCAGUUAUGGUUGCAAGCAUCAUCAACUUAGGGUAACAACUUGUACACAACAAAGCACCGUGAUUUAGAUAUAUGCUAAGAAGCAGGAUUACAAAAGCGAGCUGUACAGCUGAAUACGAACUAAAUUAUUAUUCCACAUUAGCAGGAGAUAUGUAGCAGUAAGGUAUCUUUCAACGUUAAGCUCUAGCAAAUGUAAUGUAAUUUAAGUUGAAAUCUCUAAAGGAACAUUCAUCGUUUGAAACGGUUUUAACGAAAUAGAUUGUAACGUACUCGGAAAAGAACAGAAUCUCCCAAAUACUCUGCUUCUUGGAGUGAAUCCAAUGUGAAGCGACAUAUAAUAUUGAAUUGUAAAAAAAAAUAUUGGAAAAUUGUUAAAUUAUUUCACUAUGUAAAAGUACUUUCAUCACUUUGUCACCAGCAGAGACAGAAUGGACAAAUUAUGCAAAUUAACUGUAUUAUCAUCAUUAAGGGUAAUGGAAACGAAUAUUGAUUACAACAGAAUAAAAAGUAAAAUUACUAUCA